AUGUCAGAAGAUAAGGUCGAAAAAGAUCAUAAUGCAGCUGAGGACUCUCUAAGUGAGUCCGACCAAGAUGAUAACGCCACCCUUUUUGGAUCAAAUGAAGACGCUCAAACUCCUGCAGUAGCAAAUUUCAAUAGAAGGCAGGGCACUCUUGAUGGUCAAACCCUUGUAAACGGUGAGCAAGGAAUUCGAACCGAGAAGAAUAUCUCAGUAUUAAACGGAAACUCUGCGCAAGCAACAGACUUGGCGAGGUCUCAAUUAUCGCAACUACAAUACAACGAAAACAGGAUAUCGUUAGAUCGCUCCAUCAAUACUGCGUCAAACAUCUUGAGCAACUUGCAAAGUGAGAAUAGCGAGCGGCCCAUAUACUACCCAACCAAUAUCCAAGAUGAGACGUUAGAAUCUAAGUUAAACUCAAAGAGUUCAAAGCUUGCUCUCAUCCGACACAACUCAGUGGGGAACUCUCAGCACUUAUUGACCGAGCCUAGAGACUCAUCUUCGGAAACAUACAAUUUUGAACUAUUAAAAAUCAAUCUGAAGAUAGGACCCAACUCCGACAACCUGCUUCAGACUCUCGACAAAACCGCUCUCUCUCAGCUUCUAAACGAGAAAUUCUCGCACAUAAAGAGACACUUGAGAUCUUUGAGAGAUAGAAUUGAUGACACUUCCUCGAAGGUACUGGUAACCGGGGAUUUGAACUCUGGAAAAUCUGCAUUUUGUAACGCUCUUUUGAGAAGAAAAGUGAUGCCGGAGGACCAGCAGCCAUGCACGAAUGUGUUUUGUGAAAUAAUCGAUGCACGCGAUAACAACAACGGCAUUGAGGAAGUUCACGCGGUUCCAAUUGGAUCUGUUUAUUUGAAAAACGACGAGCGCACAUACAAGAUAUUUCCUUUAGAAGAGUUGGAGCAUCUGGUCUACCAAAGUGAACAUUAUUCGCUUUUAAUAGUGUAUGUGUCAGAUAACCGACCUGUGAAUCAGUCUCUGCUCAAAAAUGGAGUCAUUGAUAUAAAGCUCAUAGAUGCACCAGGGCUUAAUCUGGAUUCUUAUCAUACAACACAAGUGUUUUCCAGACAAGAGGAGAUUGACUUAGUUGUCUUUGUGGUCAAUGCUGAGAACCACUUUACACUUUCUGGCAGGGAAUUUAUCUCGAGUGCAACGAAUGACAAAAACUUGAUAUUCAUCGUUGUCAACAAGUUUGACAAUAUAAGAGACCAAAACAAAUGCAAGCGUAAAAUUAUGGACCAGGUUCACACUUUAUCUCCAGAAACAUAUAAGAACUCAAGCAAUUUUGUGCAUUUCGUUUCUUCCAAAGAAAUGAUUGAGCAAAAUCCGGGUGGUGAUGGCCCAGACGGUAAUCCUGAUGAUGGAGAUGGCCCUCAUUCUCCCGAUUUUGACCAUCUAGAAGCUUCAUUAAGGAAGUUUCUCGUCGAAAAAAGAUCCUUGUCCAAGCUCCUUCCUGCAAAGAAUUAUCUUGUCAAACUCUACUCUGAUCUCAUUGAACUUUCUCAAAUCAACGAAAAACUAUACAACGAAAGCAAGUUAGAGUCAGAGAUUGAGCUCAAGAAACUUGGGCCUCAGUACGACGAAAUUUUGCAGUCGUCAGCUAAAACAAACGAAAAGAUAUUAAGGCUAAUUGAGUCUGUGUCUUCUGAGGUUUACACCAAUUCGCGCGAUCAGAUCAAUGGAAUUAUCAACGAGGUGGAUCAUUUGAGCUUGGGCGUCAAAUUCGAAGGAUAUUCCAAUAUCACUGACUUUGCUCGACAGGUUCAGGAAAGAAUUAUAGGAAAGAUACUGGAGAUUGUUAGUUCUGCUGAGGAACAUGCUCGUAACGAAACCAGUUCUGCCAUCGAUGAAAUAAAAAGAAUAGGAGUCCAAGCCCUUGGAGAAGGUAGUCUGCCCAACACGAGAUUCAUACCAAGCUCAAUGUACUCGAAGAAAAAAGACAACUUACAGCGGCAUAUCGAGAAUGAAGUCUCCUUAUUUGACUUCGUUGACCCAAAUUUCGAAAGUUUUUGCAAAAUCUGUGGUAUCACGAUUCCUGAUUCCAGAACUAACCUCCUGAUCGGUUUGACUGCCAAUAAACUCUGGGCUGGUGGUUUAUCAAGUAUGGUCAUUUUAUACGGACCUCGGGUCAUCUCGACUGUCACAGGAAUUGCUUCAAUAUCCAACUACAUCCCAAGGACUGUUGUUACUAAGGUCGUCCCAGGCACCCUAAUAGGUGUUGCAAUUGGCAUGCCGCUGUACUAUCUCUACAAGGAUGCUCCUCACGCCUACCAAAGAAACGUUGUGAAGAAAAUUAAGAAGAAAAUCGAGUCCGAAGAUUACCAGCAUUUGAACUCGCUACGCAUAUCGAAGGAGGUGCGGAAAGUUUUGAACUAUCCUGCAAAAGACAUUUCAAAUGCAUUUGCAACUACCAUUGAGAAACAAUCUUCAAGACGUUCGAAAAUCUUGAGCGAUUUGAAGACAAGUGAGAUCAGUUUAUCUUUUUACAGGGACUUGACCAAACAGGUGAAAGAACAAUAUCAGAUUGUGCAGUCUUUUGAUUUGGAAUCUGUUCAUACGGUUAAUUAG